CCCCGCGCCGCGCAGACCGACCAGGAGACGGAAGGGCAAGCCGCUUGUCAUCGAUUCUCCACCGCCAAGCUCCAGAUCCUGGCUUACGAUCGGGUUCAUGGGAUCCUCUGCUAGAUUGUUUGGGAGGCAGAGAUCCGUGCAUCAGAUCCUCGGAGGAGGAACCGUUGCAGAUGUGGUGCUAUGGAGGAGAAGAGAUGUAACGGUAGGGAUACUGCUUGGAUUGCUGGCUGCUUGGUUGGUCUUUGAAAGAUCUGGUUAUACUCUGCUGUCCUUUGUUUCUAACGUUCUGCUGCUUCUGAUUUCCAUUCUUUUUACGUGGGCAAGGGCAGCUGCAAUUCUUAACAGGCCCCCUCCACCCUUACCAGAGAUGUACCUAACAAAAGAAGCCAUGAAUGAAGCAGCAGUGCUUGUGCAUUCUCAUGUGAAUAUGGCACUCCUGGCUUUUCAUGAUGUUGCGCUUGGAAAGGACUCAAAGCUUUUCUACAGAGUAGCCAUAAGUUUAUGGCUGAUCUCAGUCAUUGGCAGCUUGACUGAUUUUCGUACUUUAUUUUACACAAGCCUUGUUACUGUCUUUACUAUCCCUGUGCUGUAUGAGAAGUAUGAAGAUUAUAUUGACAGAUAUCUGAAAUUGGCUUAUGUGGAGAUGCAGAUGUACAAGGGAAUAUAUUCCGAGUAUUUUCAUGAGGUUAAGAAUUGGAUUCUGGAGAAAAAGAAACCAAGCUGAUGGUAUCUACGCUUUUUGUGAUUGACCUGGGCUUCUUUACCCUGUUUUGCUUUUCUUCUAUGUCAAAGCUCCAAGAUUUUAGACUUCUGAGUGCAUUUUAUGGCAUCCGGCUCUGUUCAAUUUGUGAGCAGUUAUGUUACUUCUUAGCAUUAAAAGAAGUUACGGAGUUCUUUUUUGUGUGUGUUGGACUUUUCAAGUACAUAUCAACCUAGGAAAUAAGGAUGAGAUAGAGAUGUGUGAUUCACAAAAAUUUGUAUCUUGAACGAGUGAUCACACAAGUUGGACUCCUGGAAUUUGCAUCGAGUUCUGUUUCUUCAUUCCCACGGGAUCAAUGUAUAUCUUAUUUUACUGAAGUCCUUCCUUUCAAUUACUGGUAGACCUCCACCUCAUAUUACCGGA